UUCUGGUUUUAAAGCUCAAUGUCUCCCACCACAUAUUAGAAGGAAAUUUUCUUCCUUCUUCAAUUUCUACUUGAGAUGUGUUGUUUAGAGUUUAGACCCACAAAAGUCGAAUACCACCGUGUAGAAAAAACAUUUUGGUUCUAUUUGCACCAGCAUUUGUCGCCACUCAUUUUACACCAUGUACUUAGUUUUUUUUUUUUUAUUACUUAUUAGUUGUUGAAAAUAUCAGUAAUAGUAUCUGAGUUAGGGGCGUUUCUUCCUUAAAAUACCAGCAAAACAACAACCAUUAACCGACAAUAAUGCAAAACAGCUAAUGAACCAUCAACAAAACAACCUAUUUUAGUCUCUCAGACACACAAAACCAAAUCAUAUCAAACACAUCAAGGCUUCAAUAUGCCAAACCUCUUAUUUCUUUGCAUAACUAUCACCAUUUGUCUUUCAACUUUCGACACCAAUUUCCUUGUACAAUCCCUCACUUCACCCUCAGACAUUGAAGCUCUCAAAGCCUUCAAAGCUUCAAUCAAACCCUCAUCCAUCACACCAUGGUCAUGUGUAGCAUCAUGGAACUUCACCAUUGAUCCAUGCUCACACCCUCGUCGCACUUACUUCUUAUGUGGUUUCACCUGCACCACAGAUUCCACACACAUCAACCAAAUCACACUAGACCCUGCAAGCUACUCAGGCUCACUCACGCCACUCAUCUCUAAACUCACCCAACUCAUCACACUAGACCUCUCUGAUAACAACUUCUUUGGCUCAAUUCCUUCUUCAAUCUCUUCCCUUUCCAACCUCAAAACCUUAACUCUCCGAUCCAAUUCCUUCUCUGGUCCAAUCCCUCCAUCCAUAAUCUCACUCAAAUCACUUGAAUCUCUUGAUCUUUCACACAAUUCCCUAACUGGGUCUCUCCCAAACUCAUUGAAUUCUCUCAUAAAUCUUCACAGAAUCGAUUUGAGCUUCAAUAAACUCGCCGGUUCGAUCCCAAAACUACCACCCAAUUUACUAGAACUGGCAAUCAAGGCAAAUUCUUUAUCCGGGCCUCUUCAAAAAACAACCUUUGAAGGAUCUAACCAAUUAGAAGUUGUGGAGCUCAGCGAGAAUGCUCUCACCGGAACAAUUGAAACAUGGUUCUUGCUUUUGUCAUCACUGCAACAAGUGAAUUUAGCAAACAACAGUUUCACGGGGAUUCAGAUCUCAAAACCCGCACGUGGUGUAGAAAGCAAUCUCGUGGCAUUGAACUUAGGAUUUAACAGAAUCCAAGGUUACGCGCCCGCGAAUCUCGCUGCAUAUCCAUUGCUGUCGUUUUUGUCGAUUCGUCACAACUCGCUACGUGGCAAUAUACCAUUGGAGUAUGGACAGAUAAAGAGUAUGAAGAGGUUGUUCUUGGAUGGAAACUUCUUUGACGGCAAGCCGCCGCCGGCGUUGUUGGCUGCCGGAGCUACGGUUUCCGGUAGCUUGGGGGAUAAUUGUCUGCAGGUAUGUCCAGUUUCUUCACAGAUGUGCGCGCCGGCACAGAAACCCAGCUCCGUUUGCAAACGAGGUUAUCGUGGAAGAACAUAGACCACCGUGGUUUGUGUGGUUAACGUAACAGUUGAAAUAUAAAUAGAUUUCAGUUUUCUGUUAUUUUUAAUGGCUUUGUAUAACUACAGUAAUACUAUUGGUAGUUACUAGUAAAUAAAUAAAUAUAAAUAUUGGGUUAAUUUGAAGUUCGACUUGUAACAAAAAAAAGAAAAGAAGUUCGACUAGAGAUUAUAAAGCCAUUUAUGAUAAUGUAAUGUAAUUAUGAGGAAAUAAAUAAAUGUUUUUAAUGUCA